AUGUCUGAGCUCGUCAAGCUUGACGUGGGCCACCAGGACUAUGCCUGGGGCAAGGAUGCCGCGUCCAGCUUCGUGGCGAAGAUGAAGGGGUUGACGAACGACAAGUCCGGUAAGAUGUUUGCCGAGUUGUGGGUAGGCACGCACCUCAACUGCCCGUCGAAGAUCGCCGACGGCAACGCGCAGCUGCUCGAGGACUUCCUGAAGCAGCCAGAGAAUAAGAAGAAGUACUUUUCGGAAGCUCACCAGGCUACGACCUUCCGUGACACUGUGCCGUACCUGCUGAAGAUUCUGUCGAUUCGCACGGCUCUGUCGAUUCAGGCGCACCCGUGCAAGAAGUUUGCCGAGGAGCUGCACGCUGCGAGGCCGGAUAAGUACAAGGACCCGAACCACAAGCCUGAGCUCAUUUGCGCCUUGACCCCCUUUGAGGCACUCUGCUGCUUCCGACCGCUCGGGGCCAUCAUCGCGUAUCUGAAGCGCAUUCCAGAGCUGGCUGAGCUUGUAGGCGCCGAAGCGGUGCUGGGUCAGUACAUGAUGGCGCCGGAGACCGCGCUGCCUGCAACCGACAGCGACGAGGAGAAGCAGUUACUGAAGACUAUGAUGACGACCGUGUAUGCGGCCGCGGAUGACGUCGUCACGAAGGCGCUGCGUCUGCACCUUCAGUGCAUCGAGGAGAAGGGUGCGCAGUGCGCCGAAGACGAGCUCUUUGCUCGUAUUUACAGGCAGUACCCGGAUGAUGUCGGGUGCUGGAUGGUUUACUUCCUCAAUUACGUACAGAUGGUGCCCGGGGAGGCUCUCUUCCUAUCGGACAGCGAGCCGCACGCAUAUAUCAGCGGCGACGGUGUCGAGAUCAUGGCAUGCAGCGACAACGUCGUGCGUGCUGGACUCACGCCGAAGUGGAAGGAUGUGCCGACGCUCAUAAGCAUGUUGAAGUACGACACGACCGGGCUUGCGUCUGCCCGCCACGAGAAGAAGAUCGGCGAGGACGCGGCGCAGUGGCAGGUGCAGUAUUACCAACCACCGGCACAGUUCCCCGACUUUUCGCUGUACCGCCUGCAGUACGAGCAUGCUUCAGGCAACGGGAUGACCUCCGUGACCCUGCCGACGAUAGGCCUGGGUUUCUGCUUGGAGGGGUCUGCCAAGGUGAACGAUACGACGGUGAACGCCGGCGACUGCUUUGCGGUGCCGUACGGCAAGCUCACGUGCCAAGCCGAGGGAGCGAAGGCGCUUGUGUUUGUUGCGUCGACCAACGACUUGAGCGACAAGUAA